ACCACAACAGACAGAGCCGUGUGCACCUCUGCUGAAGUCAGCCCAGUUGGUCCCGUUGGUCCAGUAACUGAGGCAGGGCGCCUCCAGGAACAAGGAAGUGCGUUCAUCCCUGAAUCAACACUUAGUGCGGCAGUGAACAGGAUCGGAAAUGUCAGCAUCUGCUCCACAGUCAGAGCUGAGGCUGGUGGUGCUGGGCCGGCCCGGGGCAGGAAAGAGAUCAGCAGUCUGCAACAUCCUAGACCUGCCAGACUCUCAGGACACAUAUGCUGCUGGCAUCCAGGAGUGCAGAAAAUACAGAGGAGAGGCUGCAGGCAGACAGGUGGUGGUAGUCUCCUGUCCACCCUGGUUCGGCUCAGGCUGCGACUCACAGGAAAGGAAAAGACACAUAUCCUCCUUUAUCGCCUUAUCCAGCCCCGGACCACAUGCUUUCCUGCUGUGUGUCCCUGUGAACCAGCCAGAUGAUGAAGAGGCCAGGGCGUUGGAUGUCCUGCAGGAGCUGUUUGGCCCCUCUGCAGUCAGCACAAACACCAUCAUACUCUUCACCUACACUGAGGAGCUGGAUGAGGAUGAGAAGCUGGAGGAAUACCUUGUCACCUGGCGCAAGGACCUGAAGGAGCUGGUGAAAAGAUGUGGUGACCGCUACCACACGCUGGAAGCCCGCAGUGGAGAACCAGAGGAGAGGAAAGCUGUUGAGGAGCUGCUGGAGAAGGUCGAGCAGGCAGUGGCGGAGGGCGGGGCACCAUACUUCAGCUGCCCACUGUACCAGGACGCUGAGGAAAGAGUGAGAGAGAGGCAGGAAGAGAUAGUGAGACAGAGGAGAGGAGACAAGCACGACGACCAGGUGUCUCCCACUGACUCGCCACCAGAGGACGAUGUGACAGAAGAAGAAAAGGAAGCAGUCCGGGAAGAGGCAGAGAGGAGCAUAGGUGACUUGAAUGUGGAUGCAGUAGAUCGUAUUUUCCCCUCUGCCAGUGUCUCCCGUUCCUCCCAUCCUGACUCUUUUCUCUGGGGUUUGUGGGGGAAGCUGGCAGACUGGAUGAGGUGGCUGCGCUCACUGGUGAGAGGGGAGGCCCUGCUGGGAUCACUGGUCAGCCUGUUUGUGGGAGGGCAGGUUGGAGGUAUGAUGGGGGCCACUGUGGGAUCAGUGGCUACUGAGGUGGGGAGAAGGAAAACACAUAAAACUAAAUGAGAGAUAAGCUGGACCAUAAAGUCACUGUGGUCAACAGGAUUUAUGCUUGGCCACUGAGCACCAGUACUUACUUUUCAGAAUGGGUACUCUCUGAUAGAGCAUACAGUGUUAUCUAAUGCUUCAUAGAUCAGUAAUAACAUGAGUAAGAACAACAUUUGGGUUGGCAGGUUUGAAUAACCCCUUUGGCUGGUGUGUAUCUUCCUCUUUAAUAUCUUGCCCUGUCUUUUCAGUUAGCUUAGUUUUUCACCUGAUGGCUUAACUUACUCAGUUACUGAACAAGUUAUAAUUGUGAAAGAUUUAUUCAGUCGUCUUCCACUACAGUAGAUGUUAAAUAAAUGUUGUUAUUCCUGCAGUAAAAAAAAAGUUUUUGGCCACUUGGGGGCAGCAGAAACACUGACAUAUUACCACCUUUUUAAGAUGAUAUGUCAGAUUUGUUAGCAAGCAGUUGCCUAUUUAAAAAUUCAGCAGAUAUGUAGCACUACUAGCAUUCAUUUAAUCUGAUUAAUGCGAGUCCAGUUUUCACUCACCUUUUAGCUCGUUUUUUUUUUUUUUAUCUCUACCAACUCCUGAGGGAAACAUCCGGCCCGGUCUCAUCUCAGGGCGUUAAAUACCGACGCACAAGGUAUGCAGGUCAGAAUCCGUGUGAGACGCCCUGGGCUUUCAAGUAACUCCAAUGCAACCCAUCCGUCGUCACGUAAUGUACUUAUUUCAACCCAAAACCACAAUCUUUCCCGAAACCUAAAGGUGGUUGAAAUAGAUGCGUCAAAUAUUGCGUCUGUAUUUGAUGCCACGAGAUGAGCACGUGUUGAUAACUGGCUCUUAAGCUGCUUUAAAACUAGUUAGUUGCUAACUGUUUGCUGCUCAGUGUUGAGCAGGUAGUGAACAGUCGGUUUGUAGGGCCUAUAGCUAUGAGAGCAGUGAGAGUGAACCAAAACCACGGGCUGAAAAACACUACAAACCAAUAGAAGUGAGAGCAACUGCAGAGUCAGGUUAUCCUUGGUAUAAAAAUAUUGUUUAGACUCAUACUGUAGGAUAUACACACAAAAGUUGCCAUUAUGAGUGGGUUAUUAAUAAUCCAUAAAGGAACAAUGCAUUAGACUAUUCGUUAACCAUUAAAAUGUCAUGGGUAACUACUUUUAAACCCUUUUACACUUUUUAGACAGUGUUAAUGCAGAUGGGUGGAAAAAAUGUUUGUAAAGAUGUUAUAUGAGAAACAUCCACAUGGUGGAGACAUUGACCUUUUUCUACUGAAGACGGUUAAAUGAUUGAGGUGACCUGAGAGAUGCUUACUUACUGCAUACCAAGAAAAUAAAAGCUGCUGUUUUAAGGACA